AUGGCGCGGAGCCCGCAGCAAAGACAUCCGACGCGCCGUGCUCGGCACCUGCGUCGUGCUGGCCGCCGACGGCGGCGCCAGUGGUGGGCGCCGCAAGGUGACCAUCACCCUUUGCCGGCGUCGGGGUGCUGGCGAGCCCUCAGCUCGCGGGGGGUGGCCGUCUUCGCCUUCCCGGAGGCGUCCGGCCCCACCUCCCUCACUGCCCCGCUGGACCUGGAGUACCUCUUCAGGUGCAGCGGGAAACCAGACGCCGAUGCCACGCAGGUCAAGAUCUGUGUGGCGUACCGCCGCGGUGCAACUCGCAAGGCCCGCGUUAGCCUCGAAGAGUUCCUGGAGGCGCUGCUGCAUGGAGGCCGACCUGGCAGCUUCUUCCUGUACAUCUACGAUGACAAGGUCGGUCUUCAGCUGGCCAGUCAGCAAUUCCAGGGCCUUCCCACAACAUGGCCACUGGAACAGAAGCCCGGCAAGGGAAAGAUGGCCAUGCAUACUGAUGGAAACACUGACGCCGCCUACAACGAAUGGAAGCUUUACCUGGAAAAGGUGUUUGCGGUGGAAGACGAUGAAGAGAACACCGACAACGAUGAAGACACCCACAACGAACAGAAAGUUUACCUGGAAAAGGUGUUUGCGGUGGAAGACGAUGAAGAGAACACCGACAACGAUGAAGACACCCACAACGAACAGAAAGUUUACCUGGAAAAGGUGUUUGCGGUGGAAGACGAUGAAGAGAACACCGACAACGAUGAAGACACCCACAACGAACAGAAAGUUUACCUGGAAAAGGUGUUUGCGGUGGAAGACGAUGAAGAGAACACCGACAACGAUGAAGACACCUACAACGAAUGGAAAGUUUACCUGGAAAAGGUGUUUGCGGUGGAAGACGAUGAAGAGAACACCGACAACGAUGAAGACACCUACAACGAAUGGAAAGUUUACCUGGAAAAGGUGUUUGCGGUGGAAGACGAUGAAGAGAACACCGACAACGAUGAAGACACCUACAACGAAUGGAAGGAUUAUCUAGAGAAGGUGUUUUCGGUGGAAGAUGACGUAGGAGACACCGACAAUGACGAUGGCACCCACACUGAAGGGAAAGGUCUCCCGAAUAAGCUGUCUGCAGUGGAAGAAGAUGACUUUGACGAAGCGGCGCACGAGGUUAGGGAUGCCUGUGAUGUCGCUGCCGCAGAAGAGGAUCAAGCCACUGAUGUCGCUGCCACAGAACAGGAGCAAGCCUCUGACGUUCCUGCCGCAGAAGAGGAGCAAGCCUGUGAUGUCCCUGCCGCAGAAGAGGAGCAAGCCUCUGACGUUCCUGCCGCAGAAGAGGAGCAAGCCUGUGAUGUCCCUGCCGCAGAAGAGGAGCAAGCCUCUGACGUUCCUGCCGCAGAAGAGGAGCAAGCCUCUGACGUUCCUGCCCCAGAAGAGGAGCAAGCCUGUGAUGUCCCUGCCGCAGAAGAGGAGCAAGCCUCUGACGUUCCUGCCGCAGAAGAGGAGCAAGCCUGUGAUGUCCCUGCCGCAGAAGAGGAGCAAGCCUCUGAUGUUCCUGCGACACAAGAGGAGGCACCCCAGCACGCAGAAGCCUCUCGGGGCGGUACAAGUGCCACAGACAGGGAGGUUUCCCCUCAGGGCCAGGCCCCAGCACCAGUGACCGUCCCUGCCGCCCCCGCCACAACUUCCCUCGCCUACCGCAGCCUCACCGUGCCUCAGAGAUUCAUCUUCCGCCUCGCAGGACCCAGUGACCGCCAGCUGGAGGACCUGCGGCGGAGCCACGGCGUCAGCAUCGUGCGGGUCAGGCGAACCCUGCACAUCAAGGGCGAGAGGGACGCCGUCCUGCGGUGCCACCGACACAUGCGAGACGAGAUCGCCGAGUGGCGGAGGCGCGAGGCCGCUGAGGCUGAGUAAGCGACUCACAGACUUACCUGUGACCCGUGACGGCCGCAUUAACACCGUGUUUCUUAGCAUUUCUUAUCAUUUCUUGU